AUGAUAGAAGAUGGUGUUUUAUCACCAGGUACGAUGCUGGGUCCAAUGGUUGAUUCAGCUAUGGACUUUGACUACAUGGAUGAGUUGUUGUUAGAUGGAUGCUGGUUAGAAACAACAGAUGGAUCUGAGUUUCUUAAUCCAAGUCUCCCCAAUUCCGCUGCCUUCUUCGAUCCUUCGUUUACGCGGCCCACUCCAGAGAUCAACAAUGGUGAUUCAGCCUCUAGUCCGUCCCAAAAGGGCAAUCAAGAAGAUAACCAGAUACAAUUGUUGCGAGGGAAAUCUCCUCUGAGUAAUAUCCAAGCCAGAAGUCCCAUGAGCGAGACUGCGGUUUCUGCAUCUGGAUGGGAAUACAAUUCAAAUGAAGGUUCUGAAUUAAGAAGACGAUGGUGGAUAGAGCCUACUCCAAAUCCAAGUCCAGGAACUACUGUAAAGAGGAGAUUAAUUAAGGCAUUGGAGGGGAUUAAAGAUUUGACGAAAAAUAAAGAUGUCCUUAUACAAAUAUGGGUCCCUGUUAAUAGAGGAGGCAGACGUGUUCUAACAACUCAUGAUCAACCUUUUGCACUCGACCCCAGCUGUGAGAAACUGGCAAGUUACAGAGACAUAUCCAUUAAAUAUCAGUUUUCUACCGAGGAGGAUUCCAAGGAUGUUGGCUUGCCUGGUCGGGUUUUCUUGGGUAAGGUUCCUGAGUGGACACCUGAUGUUCGAUUCUUUACAAGUGAUGAAUACCCACGAGUGAAUCACGCUCAACUGUAUGAUGUACGUGGAUCUCUUGCCCUUCCUGUUUUCGAACAAUGUAGCCGGACUUGCUUGGGUGUUAUUGAGGUGGUGACCACUUCACAGAAGAUCAAGUACCGUCCCGAGCUUGAAAGCGUUUGCAAGGCUCUUGAGGCUGUUGAUCUUAGGAGUUCUGAAGUUCCAAGCAUAAAUAAUCUAAAGGCAUGUGAUAUGUCUUUCCAAGCUGCAUUACCUGAGAUUCGAAAGGUUCUGAGAGCUGCCUGUGAGACACAUAGAUUGCCCUUAGCUCAAACUUGGAUCCCGUGUAUCCAACAAGGCAAGGAGGGAUGCCGACAUUCAAACGAGAACUACUAUCGUUGUGUUUCUACUGUGGAUGAUGCUUGCUGUGUAGGUGAUCCUGCUAUCCAGGGUUUUCUAGAGGCUUGCUCAGAGCAUCACUUGCUAAAGGGUCAAGGAGUUGCUGGAGAAGCCUUUCUGACUAACCAACCUUGCUUCUCAGGCGAUGUAACUUUAUAUGGCAAGACCGAGUAUCCUCUUUCUCACCAUGCAAGGAUGUUUGGACUGUGUGCUGCUGUUGCAAUUCGCUUGCGAGGCAUGUACACUGGUACAACGGACUUUGUCCUGGAAUUCUUCCUGCCCGUGGAUUGCAGAGAUCCUCAAGAGCAGAAGAAGAUGCUCACUUCACUAUCCAUCGUUAUACAACGUGUUUGCCAGACCUUACGGGUAGUAACAGACAAAGAAAUAGUGGAGGAAAUUGAUUUGCCAGUUAGUGAAGUCCUAGUACCUUCGGAUGGUAGAUCUAGUGGAGAAGAGACAUCAACAGUUAAAGAGUCUUAUUCAGAAAGGUAUGCUAGAGAUAAUUCACCCUGGAUUGCCUGUCUCCCAAAGGUCCAACAAAGUGGAAGUAACAUCUCUUUAUCUGAAAAAGACAAAGAAAAGGUAAUGUUGUGUGAACAAUCCAUUGAGUGCAGGCAAAAUCAAGAAGAUUAUAGCCUAAGAGGGAUUUCUACUUCUGCUGAAGGUAGCUUUUCAAGUGUCUGCACAACUAAACCUGGAGAAAGAAGGCGUAACAAAUCAGAGAAAACAAUCACCUUGGAAGUUCUUCGGCAAUACUUUGCUGGCAGCUUAAAGGAUGCUGCGAAGAGUAUUGGGGUUUGCCCCACUACGUUGAAAAGAAUAUGCAGGCAACAUGGAAUUAAUCGCUGGCCUUCUCGAAAAAUCAAGAAGGUUGGUCAUUCCUUACAGAAACUCCAACGCGUUAUUGACUCGGUCAAAGGUGCCUCUGGCUCUGUUCAGAUUGGUUCCUUCUACAAAAAAUUCCCUGAGCUUGCCUCUCCAAAUUCAUCAAGAACUAAUCCACUGUCAACUUUAAAGCCAAUCAGACAUCCAAAACCAUCACGAAUACAACCUGAGGGGGUACCAUCAGCUCCCAAGUUGCUGAACCAAAAUCACCUUCACCCUCAUGUAGUCAGAGUUCCAGUUCAAGCCAUAGCUGUUCCACAACAUCCUUCUGCAAUCACUAUUGCUGCUAACGAAGAUCCUAUGCUUGGAGAAAACUCAGGCAAUGAUAUUUUGAAGAGGGUCAGAAGCAACGCAGAGCUCCAUGCAUCAAGUCUAGAAGAACGGAAGCUAAUGCCUAGAUCCCAGAGUCAUAAAAGUCUUACAGAACUGGGGAACCUUCCGCUCUUACCUAAGGAUAGUAGACAGUUAUCUCAAGAGAUGGAUUCUCACAGAGUGAAAGUCACAUUUGGAAAUGAGAAAAUUCGGCUCCGCAUGCCAAACAAUUGGGGGUUUAAAGAUUUAUCUCAAGAGAUCGUAAGACGGUUUAAUAUAGAUGACGUACAUAGAUAUGACCUGAAGUACUUGGAUGACGAUUCUGAGUGGGUCUUAUUAACGUGUGAUGAUGAUUUGGAGGAGUGUAUUGAUAUAUGCGGCAGUUCAGGUAACAACCAGACAAUUAAACUCUUGCUCGAAGUUUCUCCUCAUCCUUUAGGGAGGUCUUUGUACAGCCGUGGGAUGUCUUGA